UUUUCUUUUAUAAAAACUUGAAAUCCUCUCGUUUAAAUAGUCAAACUUGGAACUUGAACAACAUCAAAUUCAUCAAUCUUAGUCCAACUUGUCUAAGACUCUCUCCCAAUUUAUCUCUAUAAUAACCAAUAGCAAUUCACAAGUAACUUAAUACAUAUAUACAUUCAAUCUCUUUGUUACAGAAGAUCAUUAAAAAACAUGAAGUUCUUAGGAUGGAUGCUGAACAAGCAAAAUGCAAAACAUGGGGAUUAUAACAGAACAAGCACUUCCUCAGCUUCUUCUCAUCAUGUGAAGCAAGAGGCAAGAGAGGAGUUUAGCGACUGGCCUCACGCGCUUCUUGCUAUUGGAACGUUUGGUUCAACAAGCAACGGUGUGAGCCAAAACGAAAGCAAUAAUGUUGAUGAAGAGAUAGAACCAGAGAAGAAAUCUAUCUCGCAUUCCGAGCAAGAAGAAGAGCCUUCUUCUUCUGAUGAUAUUGAAGAUUUUACUCCAGAGGAGGCCAAGAAGUUGCAAAAGGAGUUGAUGAAGAUUUUAUCAAGAACUAAGAAAAGGAAAUCUGAUGUGAAUAGAGAGCUCAUGAAAAAUCUUCCUUUGGAUAGGUUCUUGAACUGUCCAUCGAGUUUAGAUGUGGAGAGGCGAAUCAGCAAUGCACUCUGCGCUGUUGUGGAUUCAUCUGAAGAGAGUGAAGAUAUGGAGCGAACAAUUAAUGUUAUUCUUGGUAGAUGCAAAGAGAUUUCUAUAGAAAGCAAGAAGAAGACAGACAUAAGCAAGACGUCUGUCUCAUAUCUUUUCAAGAAGAUCUUUGUAUGUGCAGAUGGGUUUUCUACAUCCCCGAGCCCUAGCUUGAGAGACACGCUUCAAGAAUCAAGAAUGGAGAAGUUGUUGAAGAUGAUGCUACAUAAGAAGAUUAAUGCUCAGUCCUCGUCGAAACCAACAACAUCAUCAACAACAGAGAGAUGCUUGCAAGGCAAGAAACAGCUCUCUUUGAAGAGUGAAGAAGAAGAAGAAACCAACGAAAGAAGAAGUAGUAGCGAUGGACAUAAAUGGGUCAAAACAGAUUCUGACUUCAUAGUUCUUGAGAUCUGAUCCAACCUUCGUCCUUCAAGCACUUGCAAGAAUCUAUUCAGCGUACAGAUUCAAACUCAGAGAAUAAUGAAACAAGUCUUGUUUUAGAGGAUUUUUUUUAUGCAUCUGCACGUGUAUGUAUGAAUACCUUGUUGUUUUUUUGCAUGAUUUGAUAUGUGGGCAUUUGGGCCCAUAGAAGCAAACAUGUUCUUGAAACAUAUAUACAUGUGUGUAUGUAAGUGAUCAUUUGUGUAAUGUUAAGGUGGACAACCUUAAGUUUUAAAGAUGAACUAGAU